UAUGGUGUUCGAGUUGAUGACCAGUGACGGACAGUGCUUCUUACGUCGUUUACAUUGUGUAGUAACAUGAACCUUUUUAAAUAUUGAAAUUAAAUGAACCUUAUUACACCUCGAAUUAAGGUUUUCAAAAAUGCCUUGCCUAUAGGCGAACAUGCUUUCAACUCGGUGCACUCUUUGCUUUCAGUCUCUCGGUCGGAUACGAAUAAUAGUAGAACGCUAUAUUACCAACAUAAUUGGAUCUAUUGACAUUUGACAUAUUUCUACUUACCUGUUUUUCUGUUACUUGUGACUUGUGUAGUGUGAGGACAUAAUAUAAUCACAAGCUUGAAAGUUUUAGAGAAUUGUGCUGUGGGUGAGGGACAGGACAAAAUUGGGUUCUGUUGUGAUCUUUCAAAAGGUAUCCAAUUUGGUUCAGAUUUGUGGGUUCAUGGGUUUUAUGUUCCUUUGAAUGGAAUUUAUGUUUUGCGAAUAUAACCAUGGAAGGUUUUCCCUGUAGAACUUGUUUGUCAAUCACAGGAGAAGAUGGCAUUAACGUGGUACAACGAUGUUUUUCAAACAGAACAAUAAAGGAAAUAUUAAUUCAGUUUGUCCCGCGUAUGGAAACUACACUUUCCGAUGAUGACCGAGUUUGUAGAAUAUGUUUCAAAACUAUUAAAUGCUUUAUGCGAUUCUUGGAAAAAUGUCUGGACAUAGAGAAUAAUCAUCCCAACCAACAUGAACUUGCUGGAAAGAACAUACAGAGUUUACAUCUUGAUGGAAAUAUUGAAAUCGUGGAGAAUAUUCAGAUUGUAGUUGAAGAUGACCUACAGGAAUAUUUUGAAGAAACAGAUAUUACAAAUAAUGAUGAUUCAACAGAAAAUAUGAAACAUGAUCAUGCCUAUAUUAAGUUAGAAAGUGAGGAUGGGGAAGCUUAUUUGGAGCAAAAUGAUGAGUUUAUACCAAAUGGUAUUCAAGAACCUGUUGAUGAGUCCGAAGAAACUUCACAGGAUGGAACUUACGAACUUUCACAAGAAAAUUCAACAUAUUUUCAAAGUGAUUCUACUCUGAUUACUAUGGCAGAAAUAGAAGCAAUGGAGUCUGAUGAAAAGGAAAUCAUUUCUAUUAAGAGAGAAAAUAUGGAAUCUUCUAAUUCAAUUGCCCUAGCAAAUGAAGGUGUUACCUUUUUUGAACCACUGGAAGCUGAAAAUGUGUACAUCUGUGACUUAUGUGGAGAAGGAUUUCUCAGCGAAUUAUUACUCAAAGAUCACCUUGCUCUUCAUGAAGAGGUAUCAAUAAUAUGUGACAAGUGCCCCAAAAUUUUCAAAAACAGCACAGCAUUGAAGGCCCACUAUAAAUUGAAGCAUACAGAAGCUGAACGUUAUAAAUGCGAUAUUUGUGAACAAACCUUUGCAAGGACCGAUUAUUUGAGAAAUCAUUAUAAGCGUCACGAAGAAGAGAAUGCCGAUUCAUCAAAAGUAAAGUGCAGAGUACCAGGGAAAUUUCUCCGAUUCAGAAAUACUGAUGAACCUCUCCCUUGCAAACUUUGUGGGAAAUAUUACAAUGGCAUUCAAAAACUGAAAGUCCAUCUUCAGACUCAUCUGAUAGUGAAAAGAUACAAAUGUGAAUUUUGUGACUUGACCUAUAAAAGAUGGCCAAGUCUUAAGAGACACGAAAAAUCUCAUCUGGAAUCUAAUAAAGUGUUCCAUAGGUGCAAUGUAUGCUGGAAGAGGUUCAAUACCGAAGAGGAAUUGGAAGUACAUAUGACUCAGCACGGAAACCCUAGGUACCGCUGUCAGAUAUGUGAGGAAUACUUUCAUCGAAAGUAUCUGUUUGAUAAUCAUUAUUUGCUGAAACAUGCAACGGAAGAAGAUAUCGAAAAUUCAAAAAAAGAAAUAAUUUAUAACACUCUGCUAGAACUUUCAAAUCAAGAUGUAGUAUCACAGUGAAUUUGUUUAUUUCAUUGGAAGGAUGGUUUGUUAUUAUUUUGGAAAUAAUUUGUAUUGUUCGAUUCAUUUUGAAAUAAACUAAUGAACAAAUUUCCAAGGC